AUGGAAGCUCUCCGCGUCUCCCCGCUCCUCCCCAGAGUUCCCACCUUCACCAGGUCUUCGCGCCUAUUCCUGCUGCACCAGUCCAGGCCCCCUCUCCUCUCCCAUCACGGGAGAACCAGCGGCAAAUCCAAGCUCAAUUGCACUGUCCCCACCGUCUCCCCCAGGCCCCCCGAUCAAUCCUCAUUCCUCGAUGUUGAAACCCGGUCUGUGGCCCUGGAGGAGGACGAAGGCUUAGGGGAGGAAUUCGACUGGUACGCCCAGUGGUACCCCCUGGCGCCGGUCUGCGACCUCGACAAGCGGGUGCCGCACGCGAAGACCGUGCUAGGGCUGGACGUGGUUGUGUGGUGGGACCGAUUGGAGGAGAAAUGGCAGGUGUUCAGGGACCUCUGCCCCCACCGCCUGGCGCCGCUCUCCGAGGGGCGAAUCGACCAGUGGGGCCGGCUGCAGUGCGUUUACCAUGGAUGGUGCUUCGACGGCAAUGGGAGCUGCAAGUACAUCCCUCAGGCACCAGCCGACGGCCCUCCGGUAUUCUCUCGAGUACUUUUACUUGGAUACCUCCUACCGUAGUAUCUCUCCUUUAUUUGUUCGUCCCAUGUCCCCUGUUUGUUCAUCUGUUAGUACGAAAACAUCGGAUGUAUUAUAUUAUUUCACCUGCAGCUGAACGCCUGGAUCGAUUCGAAUUUCUCCAUGGAAAUGGUUUCAUGUCGUCUAACUGUUUUCAAUAACAUUCAGCUGCACACUUUCAAGAAGGCCUGUGCCACCCCUUAUCCGAGUUGUGAGCAGAAUAAGAUUCUGUGGUUCUGGCCGAACAGUGAUCCGCAAUUCAAGGAUAUUUUGACGCAGAAAAGGCCUCCUUACGUCCCAGAGUUGGAUGAUCCAUCAUAUUCCUGUACAAUGGGGAUGAGAGAUUUGCCAUACGGGUAUGCCUUUUAAUCGUCUGCUUUAUUCCAUCUGUCGACGGGAAAUCAGCGUUAGCUUGACUUGGAAAUGCUACCCACUCUUGGUUUCCUCUAAGAAUCGAGUCUUUUCCGAACCUUUGGGAGAAACGUUCAUCAUUCGAUAAUUUUAAACUUCUUCUAGUUAUAUUUCUGCGCCAUAAUUGACUUUUGUUUAAUAUGGACUCAAAGCUCAACUUUGAGGAAAAAGAUAGAUCGACUACAGCUCAUUAGAAGUAUCCAUUCUUUGAUUUAGUUCAUAUAUUCUUUGAUCGGAGCAAUGGAGGAUACACGUUACACCACAGUUUUGAAUCAGUGAGUGAUUAUCUUAUAGGUUCGAAAUCCAAUUCGCUUAUAAUCACCAUGAGGUAUAACCCAGAGCAGCGAGUUCUAACAAGUUGUUAAGAAUGCAUUUUUUUUUUUUCUUAUGAAGACCACAGCAUCCGUUCUCUUUACCAUCAUUAUUAGUAAAGACUUGGGGUUAUUCUCACUAGCGAAGACUCCUGUGGCAAAACUGUUGAGAGAUACUUAUAUGGGAUCAUAGAAUGGAAGGGAUAAAAUCCUCAGAAAGAUGAAAAUAAGAAGGCAUUUAUUUGAAAUUGUGUACAAUAGAGGCCAGAUAAUCUUUAGUGACACUGUCAUAUGUUCUUUGUUCAAACUAUUUAACCGAGUUUGCAGGGGAUGAUAUCAUUUUUCAGGCUCUAUGUUAACCGCUGGUUUUUUUUGACAUUUACUAGUUUUGUUGGAGAAGUGCAGAAAAUUCUUGAAUUAUGUUCUCUGUUCAAGGUUCUCAGAAAUUUGAAGUGUUCCUGUAUUUUAUCUUUAUUGUAUCUCUUGUAAUAUAGGACGGGGGGAACGAAAUUUGCCAAACAAGGUUUCAGCCAUUGAACUAUGAUUUUGGUUUUACAUUCAAUCAAGAUGAGGGAAACUCUGUCUUAGUUUGCAGGCCGGUGUAGGUGAGUUAUAUCUUCCUGAAUUAUCAAAGAAAACCGGCAUAGGAUAAAGAGGGAAGUCAAAAAAUUUGACAUCAACUAUGUUUUUUAUACUUAGAUUCAAUGAAUAUGAGUGAAAAAAAAAUUUCUUUCAAAUUGAAAGCUGGGUGGAACGAUAUGUAUUCUUCAUCAAAAUAUCACAGAUUCUCAUUAGAAUACCAGAAAAAUGUUUCCUGGUUUAAAUCGAACACUUGUAGGUACUAUCCAUAUUCUUCCAUAAAGUAUCAUAAAAUUAUCUAUGUUGUAGUUUUUUAAUUCUUCCUUCUGUAGCUUUUUUGUUAAUACUUUAUUAUUUUAUUGUUUAAAUUUUUUUAUGCUUUGCUGCAUCCGUUUUAUUUUUUGUGCUCCUGUACACGUUUUAGAUGAUAUCUGGCACUGCCUCAAGGUAAGCUAAGGAGAAUCAUUGAAUUGGUGCAGAAGGAAUAUUCAUCUUAGCAUAGAUGCGAAAAUAUUCUUACAAAUGACAAGGACAAAACACUACCAAAUUAGUGAUUACUUGGAACAGGCUCUUGUUGAUUAUGUUGGCUGGGAAUCUUAAAAGAUUAUACAUGGCUCCCCAUUGUGGGUAUUGAACGAGAGAAUUGUACCUCACUAUGGUUUUUUCAUAUACCUAGACGUGCCAUUGUGCUGAAAUCUUGUUACAGAACCAUCCGUUCGUGGAAGUUAGUAUUGAUUAACUGUACUUUCUUUCAAGUAUCAACAUACAAUGCCAAACCACCAAAUCUCUUUUAGAGGUUAUAAUACUCAAUGUUCUUUUUUUGAUGUCCCAGUUAUGAAGUUUUGGUAGAAAAUCUCAUGGAUCCUGCUCAUGUUCCUUAUGCACACUACAGAAUAAUGAGGAUACCAAAAGCGUCAAAGAACCUUACGAGGUAUGCAAUUUUCAUGUUAAAUCCUCUGAGUUCUCAUGAUUUAAAUCUGUACUGUUAUGCUGUAUUGUUCCUCUUCUUCCUUAGAGACAAACCAAGAUGAUGACUCACGCAAUAUGAGUUAUUUUCAAUACCCGUAUUUCUUCUCGAUGCCCGACAAAUCUUGUCGUUUUCCUAUUUUGUACACUAAACUGAUUGAUUUUUUUCAUCAUCAGAGAUCGAGAAGGGGGUGUUCCUCUGGAUAUAAAAGUAGUGAAACAUAACCUUUCUGGAUUCACAGCAAGCCAAGAGGGACGUUACAGCGAUUUUGUAGCACCAGUUCUGUUUCGUUUUCUUCCUGACUUGAGUUCAAUUGGUAACCUUGAGAUGCUUAAAGUAACUGAAGAGGUUUGAAUUGUUUUUUUUUCAACUGUAAAUUCCCUUUUUGGGACAAUUUUCGGGAUGUUGACAUUCUUAUUUCUGCGUUUUCAACUUAGGAACGAUCUGCUAGUUUGCAGCCAAAGAAACGGAGAUUUCUUCUGGUAUUUAUUUGUAUACCAGUUAGUUUGGGCAGAAGUCGGCUGAUUUGGGUGUUCCCUAGAAAUUUUGCUGUCUGGAUUGACAGGAUUAUACCUCGAUGGGUUUUCCACAUUGGCCAAAAUCUCAUUAUAGACUCAGAUCUGAAUCUCCUUCACUUGGAGGUAAUCCUCGUUGAUAUUGAUUGAAAACUUGUAGAAAUCCCGUUUCAGCAUUCGUGAUCAUUAUUUAAACAACAGAUUACUGGAUUUUUUAUGGUAUCCAUUGAUUAGCUUCUUCUUUUUUCUAUGAUAGUGAUGUCAGUGACUUCAAUCGAUCACGUAGAUGAUAUAUCAUGUGCACUUCAGCUGUGUGUUGCACCUUAUUAUCUGGUCAAAGAAAAUAACGUUCUUAAAUGGCAGAGUGGUGGAGGUUAACUACUGCAAAUUCUAUUACUUCAGCGAUAUAAAAUGAAUUGUAUAUUUGCGUUUUACUGUACAAAUAUGUAUCUUUGUCUUUGACAUGGUCCUCAGAAUAUGAUUAUUUUCUUUUCAUGGACUGGGGGUGUUUCUGGUCACAAAGUGUGGGAACCAAAGAUUGAUCUGCUCCUCCUUUCUAACUAUCAUACUAACAUAUCAGUGGUCUAAUUAUAUUUCCCCUUUAAUUAAUUUCUAUGUUCUCUGUGACCAAAAAUCUAACAAAUAGAAUCUACCACUUCACUGGAUCUGCUACUAGAUCUUGUCUAACAUCCUUGAGUAAGUAAUACACGAAGUUAUUUCAACAUGUUAUAAAAACUUGAUUUAUUCUCUCACUAGGCGCCAAGCAAAGCCGAAUAGGAAAGGGGGACGAGCUGAUUGAUGAGUGCCUUUUCUUUAGUCAUCAAUAGGAAGAGGGUCUCAUGUGGAGCUAAGAUGGCUGUCGCGUCUUUUUAGGAAAAUUAGCAUUGAUCGAGAAAAAAGUUCGUCUCUUCCAUUGUUUCACUCUUUUCCGAAUGCAGAUGCGUUAUUUAGUCAGAUCACGCUAUCCAAUUGUUCUGGAUUUUUUCUCAAUAAAUGUUGAAGUUUUUUCAUUUUUCUUUCAUAGGUACUGUGAUUAAUCAAUGAUAUGGGGAUGAAAAAUGAUUGACUCUUGUUUUUUUUCUUUCUGACGAAUAUCUUAGGAACGUAAGAUUGCAGAAUCCGGCAUUUCUAAUUGGCAGAGGGCCUGCUUUGUACCAACAAAGUCAGAUGCACUUGUCGUCGCCUUCAGGAAAUGGUUGAAGAAGUAUUCGAACAAUCAAGUCAAUUGGGGACCGAAGUCCAACUUGCAGCUUCCACCAACCCCACCAAGAGAACAGCUUAUGGACAGGUAAAAGUCCUUACGCCUAUGAAAUCUAUGCACACUUCCAUUAUUAAGGCUCUGUAAUGAAUCUGCAACCUCAAUAGGGCACAGCCUGGUGAAGUAGUAUGAACAUAGCUAACAGAGCGUUGGCCAUCAUGGUUUUUUCAUUUCUUAAGCAUCGGUUCUGAGUCUCAUGGCAGAAUUUGAUGACCUUGUUUGCUUAGAGCAUUCCCAAAGUCGUACCUUUCCUCUCUGGGUGUCCCUCUGAAUGAUCUCGUCUGCCCUAAAAUUUGACAUUUUACAACCAAUCCCCUCUGGCCUUCUCUCAGGUACUGGUCACAUACUGUGCAAUGCAGCAGCUGCCGUGGGGCGCUCAAGGGCCUGAGAAUCCUUGAGGCUUCUCUGCAGAUCGCCUCGGUGGCUCUGAUCGCAGGGCUCGCCGUCAUGAAGCAGAGCUUCCUGUCGGCAGCGACAGCUCGUAGCGGGCUUUUCUGCGUGGCAGUCCUCUGCUUCGUUGCAUCCAGGUGGCUGUCGCACUUCAUCCACAAGAACUUCUAUUACCACGACUACAGCCACGCUCUGAGAUGA